CUGCUGCUACUGCUGAUGCUGCUGCUGGUUUUGGUGCUAGUCGUGUAGAGGCGGAGUUUUCUCUGCUGUUGUCGGCAGCAGCCAAGCAGAGGGCAGCAGGCUAGGUCCAUCUCAUCCUGACUGGAUCACAGGACCAACAUCAUCAUCCUCCAUCAAUCCACCCUGACAAGGACAAUCUCUCCGGGAAAAACACACACACACACACGGGGAUAGGACAAUCUUUUCAGAGAAAAAGGCAGAAAUCGCAUCGAAAGCAGCAAAAUGCUGGCAUGUACAGAAAUGAUCACCAUGUGUCUUCAAUCUGCCAAGCACGAACACUUGAGGAAGCAGCAGGAGCUUGACCACAACCAAAACCAAGCCAUCUCUCUGUUUCAUGAUAUAUUCCGCCGGGCUGACAAAAAUGACGAUGGGAAGCUGUCCUUGGAGGAGUUCCAGUCGUACUUCACUGAUGGUAUCCUCACUGACGAGCAGAUGCAGGAGCUGUAUUACUCCAUCGACAGGCAGCAGACAGACAACCUGGACAUAGACAAGCUCUCAGAGUACUUCACCCCACAUCUGGGAGAAUAUGUCAGCGUCCUGUCUGCUCUGGAAAAGCUGAAUGUGGCCAUUUUGAAGGCCAUGGAUAAAACUAAAGAGGAGUAUCAGGGUUCAUCAGUGCUGGGUCAGUUUGUGACACGCUUCCUGCUGAGGGAGACCUCCACCCAGCUGCAGUCCCUUCAGUCAUCCCUGGACUGUGCUAUGGAUGCUGUUCAUGACCAGGGCUGUACAGGGAGGAGGAUACUGAAGAAGCCCCAGGACUUGCCUGUCCAGAGGUUGGCCAAACGCCCCGGCCGACGCAUCCAGAGGAACAUGUGUCUCUCGCCAACUGACCCCUACUCUGGCAUGCUCACCACAGGGGUCAGUGUGGAGCCAGACAACCACUGGGGCUCCCAGAUCAACCAGCUGGAGCAACUCAUAGACAAACUGGAGUGUGAGAGUCCACAUCUUGAACCUCUCAAAGAGGACACAUUAGCAGGGACGUAUAAAUCGAACAUUCUCCUGGUUCAGAGACAAAUGUCCGUGAAGGAGAGAGAUGUGGAGCAGUUUCAGCAAGCUCUCAAAAUCUACGCAGAUGCGACGAGCAGCCAACUUAACAAUCUGCAUGUUUCAGUCCAGAACCUGCCAGACAGAUCAUGCUUCAUCAUGUAUGAAUUCUGGCAGGACCGUCUCUCCUGGAUGAGCUACCUGCAGUCGACCAUCAGUAAGACCUUCCAGCGCUGCAUUAUCGACUCACUGGAAGAUCCGGAGAUGGUCUCCACUAUGCUCCUCCCAGCCUCUUGGUGGAUUAUGAACAACAACUGACAGGGCAAAGCGGCUACUUUUCAACACAAUAAGAGCAGGAGGAAGAGGCGAUUGUAUAAUUGUUUUUUUCUUUUUUUUUCCUUGAUAUUUGUUUCCUCGUGGCAUGACCAGGAUUGUUUUUGCAAAGCCAUGCUCCAAGGUUAUAAAAAAGAUUACUGAUUAGAUAAAUCAGUCAACAGUGAAACAAACUAAAACCUUGGAAUAGAAAGAAUUGAGGUAAUGCAAUAUUUUAUUGUGUGAUCAGGAUCCGUGCUGAUGUUUCUUUCACAGUUUUGGCACAUUUCUUUUCUUCUAUUUUAAUGGACACACAAGAAAUAACAAUAGAAAAAAAGAUCUGCAUGAUUUCUUAUUCCUCUGUGCUAGUUUAUUUCAAUCAAAACUACAUUGUAGAGUAGGUAUAAUGUCAAAGAUGCCACAAAAAUAGCAACAUAUGAAUAACAACUGAUCUGUGCAUCUAUCACUUCCUUCACUCUUUCUUCAGUACAGACAAAAACAGAAAUAGUGGUAGGGUUAUCCUGCAUUUUCCCUUGUUCUCUCUGUGGUAUUGUGCUUUGUUGUCUUCUUCAAAGCUUUGCUAGCAGGUGUCUUUUUGCUGAAAGGUUAGAGAGCCAUUAGAUAGAACAAAGUUAUUGAAUGAUUAUGGUCCGCAUCUAAACUUUUAUCAUCCGUGUGUCACUUUUGCACUUUAGAAAAAUAUGGACCUUGUUGUGAAGAACAGACAUUUAUUGUAGACUGUCUAUUGAAAUGUAGAAUUAACAAGCCAAGAGGCUGCACUGAAGUGUAGUCAAACAUUAGCGGACAAUAACAAUUAACCAAAUAACUGUGCAGUUUGCCUGUACUGUUACUUUAUGAAUAAAACUUAAAAGCCAUUAUUUUACAUUUGCAGUGUGUAAUCAGAAGAGUUUAAUGGUACAGUGCGCACAAAUAGGAGUUUAUAUUUUGAGUACAGAAAUUAAGCAGAAACUGUUUUUGUGUGAUGACAUAAGACAUAAGUCGAUUAAGAUUGUGUACAGUAGUUAAUGGAAGCUGUAAGAUGUAAGUAAUUGUUGUAGAACAUUGGUAAAUGUACAGUAUGACA